GUGAGAGCAGAGGAAGUGAGGGAGGGGCUUUAGUCCAGUAGCAGACAGGGGCAGAGACAAGGAGGCAGCAGCAGGGGGAGUGUUACUGAGCAAUACAGCUCGCAGACCUGGCAAAGGUACAGCCAUUAGCCACCUGAGGCACACAAGGCAGGCGAGGGAAGAGGAGAUGCUCAUUGUGUGAGCUCACCGUGUUGAGCCCCCCUCCUCCCUCCUCCUCCUCUUUCUCUAUUCCCAUGCGACGAUCUGAGGAGAAACUGGAGAACGAGAGCGAAGUGCAAAGUCUGCCUCAAGUGACGCCCCCAGCAGCCGAGCAAGGAGGGGAGAGAGACACUGCACAGCACACACGCUCGCUGGACUUGGUGUAUGGCUGCUGGCCGGGGAGCUAUGUGAGAUGAGGUGCAGGAAUGGCAGUCUGCUGACUUUCUUCUGCUUGGCUGCUUUCCUCUCUCUUUCCUGGUACGCGGCGUGGUACGGAGAUAGAGCAAAUGGAGGAGAAUUGUACGAAAAACAAUUUUUUGAUCUUCAGCAAAGGCUGUUUCUGGCAGAGCAAGAGAAUCAGAAGAGGUCCCGGGACCUGAGUACAGUCCUUGAUGAAAUUAAACGAGCUGUAGAAGAAAAGAGGAAUGCUUUUGAGAACCACACAGUGGAGGAGAUACGAUGGAAGGUUUUGAAUAUGUCCAGCAGACUUCCUGUGCAAUUUGCAAAUGUUUAUAUGUUCCUGCCUCAUCUACAUGGGCAUGAAGAGCAGAUGCAACCCAAUGUGCUCUAUGGACAAGAUAGAACUGGUGUUUCCAUUGUGUUUGGCAUACCCACAGUGAAGCGAGACAAACAGAGCUACCUGAUGGAUACUUUGAAUUCAAUUUUCUCAGAGCUGACUGCAAAUGAAAAGAGAGAUUGUGUUGUGGUUGUUUUUAUCGCAGAGGUUAACCACGACUAUGUCAACGCCUUAGCUAAUGCUAUUAAAAACAAUUUUCCUCAAGAGAUUGAAUCUGGCGUCCUAGAGAUUGUCUCUCCUCCUGUGAACUAUUACCCUGAUUUAUCUAAUAUCAAGGAAACCUUUGGUGAUUCUAAAGAAAGAGUAAGGUGGCGUACAAAGCAGAACUUGGACUACAGUUUCCUCAUGUUAUAUGCUCAGCCAAAGGGAACUUAUUAUUUACAGUUAGAAGAUGAUAUUGUCGCAAAACCUCAGUUUUUUCAGUAUCUGAAAAGCUUUGCAACUCAGCAAACAUCUGAUGACUGGUUAAUACUUGAAUUCUCUCAGCUUGGCUUUAUUGGUAAGAUGUUCCGAUCCAAAGAUCUGCCCUUUCUAACUGAGUUCUUUCUAAUGUUCUACAAAGAUAAACCUAUAGACUGGCUUCUUGAUCAUUUUCUGUGGGUCAAAGUAUGCAAUCCUGAAAAAGAUGCUAAACACUGUGACCGUCAAAAGUCAAACCUCCGCAUUCGAUAUCGUCCAUCCCUGUUUCAGCACAUAGGUACUCACUCCUCUCUCUCAGGAAAAAUCCAGAACCUAAAGGAUAAAGAUUUUGAUAAAAAACUGCUUUACAAAGCUCAUCCAAACCCAUCAGCAAAAGUGAGCACAAGCCUAAAGAUUUACCAGCAGUACAACCUUGAGAAAGCCUACAUGGGUCAGGAAUGCUUCUGGGCCUUCUCUCCUGUGGCUGGUGAUUUUAUUUUGUUUGAAUUUGCAGAACCUUUGCCAGUAAAAGGGUACCUGUUUAAAAGUGGGAAUAUAGAACACCCUGGUGAUAAACUGUUCAACACCACAGUUGAAGUUUUACCGGCGAAGAAUAUUAGCAAAGCGACAGCUGAUUUUCCAAUAAUUGAAGAUGGCUAUUUACAGAUAGGCAAGUUUGUCAGUGGAGUAGCUGAAGGAGUUAUAAGCCCUUCAAUAGGAAAAAUCAAAGCAGUUCGUUUAAAGAUUCUCUCGGAAUCUCCAGUGUGGGCGUUGCUCAGUGAGAUCUUCAUCAAGAUGGAUUAAAAGAAGCGAUUACUACUGCAAAAAAGAUUUGAAACAAACAUUUCACACACUGGUGCUGUGCAGAAUAAUUCAACGAACAUUUGUCACUUAUCAACCACCAAAAAAAAAUGAAGGAAAGGAUACAAAGCUUCUAUUUUUAUUCUUAAAAUACUUUAUAAAUGAUUAAAUGAAGAUAAUUUUUCUUUAAGGUGGAAUUUUUAUACAGUUUUGGUUGGAAUAUUUUUCAAAACAGACUCACAGGACAGUAUAAUGUGACCAAAGAUCAGACAAGUCUGAUAGAAUUGUACAAUUUAUGGGAAUUUGUUUUUUUACAUUUUUUUGGCAAUUGAGAAACACAACUUUGCGGGGAAUUUUAUUUUUUAAUUUUUGUUUGGAGUGGUUGUCAUAGUGUCAUUGUUAUAUGUUUUAUUUAAGACGUAUGGAUAUAA